AUGGCUCGCUUCAGUUCGUUGGGCCUCGCGGCUUCAGCAUGCCUUCUCUUCAGUAAUGCAGUCCACGCUCGACCAAACGCUCCCAGUUCGAAGUAUCCUCCAGGAUCUUCAUGUGCCCAGUUCACUGUUCCUGUGGCCGUUUCGAGUGAAAUCUACUACAUGGACACGUCCCCGAGAGUCGACAACAACAUCGAAUGCGGAGAUUAUGUGGUCGAUGCAGACACGUGGACUUCUCCCAACGUCACUGAACGUGUCACCAGCGUCGGACAGCUGAACGAGACCUUUUCAAUCAAUGCGCAGCUUUGCGUUCCCGCAAAGAAUGCUGGCAAGGAAAACAUUCUCCAAGUUGUCACCCAUGGCGUUGGGUUUGACAUGAGGCAAGUUCAUGAAUUGCUAUACUGGGACCCCGAUUAUAAGCCAGAAGUGUACUCGUACAUCAUGGCGACUCUAGAGGCCGGAUACUCGAUCCUGACCUACGACCGUCUCGGCACUGGUCUCUCCGACAAACCCGACGCCUACGAUGUUGUCCAGGCACAAGUCCAACUGCAGAUUCUCAAGGUAAUGACCGAGAUGGCACGGUCGGGCGAGAUAUCGAAAAUGGCAAGUUCGCAACUGGACAGCAUUCCCAGCUUCACCAAAUUCGUGCACGUGGGUCAUUCGUUCGGUUCGAUCCUGACGAGUGCCCUGGUCGCCAAAUAUCCCGACCUCACCGACGGCAUCAGUUUGACCGGCUACAUCAUCGCCACGCACGCGAACCACCCGACAGGAUCGUGGGGUUGGGUGCUCGCACGUGAAGCCGACCCGGUCAAAUGGGCCGAUCGAGGAAGCGGAUACCUCAGUCUGGCGACGCUCACACAGUUUCAAGAGGCCUUUAUCAGUAGCAGCGGAGGGGUGUUUGAUGCAGGUGCGUCGGCUUUUGGGUAUGACAUUGCGCAACCUUCGCCCAUUGCAGACUUUCGAACCGGAUUUGCCAUUCAAGGGCUCAAGGCUACUGACUACAAGGCUCCAAUUCAGUUCCUCCUUGCCGAGUACGACUUUUUGUUGUGUGGAGGUAACUGUGUCAACAAUUACAACGAGACCUUGUUGCGACAAGUAUAUUACCCCUCGGUGUCCGACUUUAACAUCACCAUCCAGGAAGGUGCAGGGCAUGGAUUGACCUUGCAUACGAAUGCCAGGAAGGGUUACCAGGCUCAAUUCGACUUUUUUGAUAAGAAUGGGUUGUGA